CUCAUCAGCAUCUUCAGCCUCAGUCUUCUUGUCUACUCCUCUACUUCCUCCCUUAUUCAAUUCUUCGCCUUUUCCGCUGGUCGGUCUUUUAAACUCCUUAAUCCAACUUACUAUCAUAAACAUCAUUCACUCUUACAAAUCACUUCACAACAACAACAAUUUCAAAAUGCAGUUCACUACCUCCGCCAUCAUCCUUGCCCUCUCUGCUCUCGCAGCCGCCAUGCCUCAGGGCGCAAACGCCAACCGCCCCGUCCCCAACGGCGCGUGCUGUGUCGCAAACACGAGCUUGAAGCAGGAUGUGUGCAACGUCAAUGGUCAAACCGGUCGCUGCGUCCCUGACAGCGUCAACAACUGCGGCGCACAAUUGACUUGCAUCGAAGACAGCCGUCUCACCUGCGACCCCAACACUCUGGAGCGCGGUCGUCCUCUGUGCCGUCGCACUCCUGGCGCGUAAGCGCGUGAGUGCGUGAGUGCGAUGGCUAUAGAGUGAGAAUACCAAGAGAGAUUUGCACAUAUGUUUAUUAUACAAAGAUCAGUCCGAAUUGAUACGGGACAAGAGAAGUAGAGGCGUUGUGGAGAAGCUGGUGGUUACAAUACCGAGCCUAGAUGGCUGCCCUAUUAGCCUAUAUUGCGGGUGACAAUUGAAGAUGCUGUUCGACCU